UCCACAUUAAUUACGACAAAGCUCCUCCACAUGGUUUUUUUGCUUUGUUUUAAUUUUAAAAUACUAAUUUUUUAUAUAUUUUUGCUACAAUUUUAAAAUUUACUGCAAAAUAGUUUUAGAAGAAAAAUGCAAAGUUAAUUUUUGAUUAUGAUAAUUAAAAAUUAUGAUUUUUCAAACUGAAAAGAAAUAAAUUAAAAAGAAACUUUGAUCAGUUCAUCAAAAGUCUCCACAAAUUUGCUACAUAAAAACCAGAUGACAACAAAGUAGCUUAAACAAACAGCAAUAAUUGACCUUUAACAACUGUAUUAUUCAAUACUGUGGCUAUAUAUAUACUACAUUGUUUAUUUGACACAGUUUGGUAUUUACUGGAAAUGCACUGGUAUCAUACUACAGAAGUUAUUGAGUUACAAACACCAUCACGAAAUGAUGGUAUUGAUUAUGAAACUGAAGCCAGAUACAGAAAAGAAGGUGCACGGUUUAUUAUGGAACUUGGAAAUAAACUUGGCUUACGAUAUUUAACUAUGGCUACUGGUAUUGUUUUUUAUCAUCGCUUCUACAUGUUUCAUUCAUUCAAAGAAUUUUCUAGAUGGGUAACAGGAGCAUCUUGUUUGUUUCUUGCUGGUAAAGUUGAAGAAACUCCUAAAAAGUGUAGAGAUGUUUUAAAGGUAGCUCAACAGUCUCUCUCAAGCAAGCAUUUUAAAACAUUUGGUGAAAAUCCAAGGGAAGAGGUAAUGAUAUGUGAGAGAAUAAUUUUACAAACAAUAAAGUUUGAUUUACAAACCAAUCAUCCUUACCAGUAUCUUAUUAAAUAUGGAAAGCUUUUAAAAGGAGAAAAAAGUAAAGUAAAUGAGUUGGUUCAAAAGGCUUGGAUAUUUAUAAAUGACAGCUUGUCAACCACCCUUUGUUUACUUUAUAAACCUCAAGUGAUCGCCAUUGCUGUUCUAUUACUUGCAUUUAAGAUGUCUAAUCAAAAUAUACGAGACUUUAUAUCUAAGCCACGUAAUGAUUGGUGGAAAACAUUUCAUGUUGAUGCCACUGAAGCUGAUCUUGAAGAUAUAUGCAAAGAACUGAUGAAUAUGUAUGAAGGUAAACCUCCUCGUCGUCGCUUUCCUCAUAAGCAUUCUGUUGCUAUGAAAAAGAAAUCAAGUCCUUCCAACUCUGGAAGUCCAAAAGCAAAAAAACAGAAAGCUGCUGACUUACCAAGUUUAUCACAUACUUCCAGUCCAUCAGUUGUUAUUUCUGCAACAGUAACCAGUCUUCCUUCCAAUUCUUUGCCAAAAAAGCCUGUUGUCAGUACCGCUAGUGAAGCGAUCCAAGAUUCAAAACAAGGUCUUGUGUCUGCUAAAACUCCUUCCGUUAGCACUUCCUCAAAAGAUCUAGAGCGCCAGAAGCAAGACCAUCAACAUGCGGAGCCCAACGUAAAAGCUAAAGUCCUAAAUCAGCAAGCAUCUGUGUCGCAGCCUUUAUAUCCAGAUCAACUUUCCAAUCAAACGACCUCGGGAAAUUCGCAAAUUUUACAAUCUUCAACACACCAAGUUCAGCAUGCCGUACAAGCAACGCAACAGCCUAUGCCUAGUCACGCGCAGUCAGACGUCACUCAAAAGCCUGUAACUUUAGCCCAGGCUCCAAUUUUAGAUCAUAUGUCGUCAUUUUUCCAAAGUAAUCCAUCUUAUAGCUUCAUGCCUUCCCAUCCGUUUCCGCAACCUCCAUUUGCAUCAUUGAUACCCCCCACUUUUCCUCAACAACCACUACAUCCACCUCAAGGUCAACAAACUUAUCAACAGAACAAUUAUCAAGCUACUAUUCCCCAAAACCAAGAGUACCAACCAAAUGUUCAACAAAGUCAAGGAGGUUUUCAACCUAUAAAUCAGCAUAAACAGUUAAAUUAUCAAGCCUCAAACCAGCAACCGCCGAAUAAUUAUCAACCCUCAGGACAACAAAAUCCAGGUAACUACCAGGCUACUAAUCAACCUAAUCAUAAUUUUAUGUCACAACAACCUAGUCAUCAGACAAACUUUAUGAAUGCCGUACCUACGGCAAGAAAUAUGUAUCAAAACAAUUCUUUUUGUAGCUAUACAGGCGGCGUUCCUUCCGCUGCACCACCAGGGUCUCCUUUUGUACCGCAAAAUCGUAUGCCACAACAUGUCCCCCCUCCAUAUCCGCCUGCUCCUUGGUUAUCUAACCCUGGAACACCACCUGCAAAUUCCAAUAAACCUCCAUGGAUGCAGUAAUCUUUAUCGUAAAACAAAUGACGACACAAAGCAUAUUAUGUAAAAUUUAAACUUUUUUCUGGCGCUUUUAUGCCCAGACCUUCAAUGUGAAAAAAAAAUAUAUGUAAAAAAAAAAGAUAAAUUUUUUUUUA